AUAAAUAUUUUGACCCACGUUUUUAAGUUUACACGAGAGAAAAUAUAAACAGAGGUUAAGUUUUUGAACUAUGCACUUCUUCUUUUUCUUCAAUAUUAAAUUCUUUUUUUUUUACUCCACUAUAAAGUCUUCUUUUUUAUUUAUAAUAUAGUCCUUUUUUAUACAAUAUAUAGUCUUUUUUUUUAUACAUUACAUAGUCUUCUUUUUUAUACAUAAUAUAGUCUUCUUUUUUGAUAUUAUGUUCUUCUUUUUUUAAAUAAAAUAAAGGUUGGAUUUUCAUUUGUCAAAUAUAAAUUAUCCUCUAUGGAAUAAUAACCUAAAUAUAAAUGAAAUAUUAUAACCCCAAAAAUAGGAAAUGAAAUUAUUUCAAAUAUUAAGAUUUGUAGCUAUAUUUAUACAGGAUUAUUUAUUUAAGGAACACUUAUUUGGGUUAAUGCAUGAGCACACCGAUAGUACAAAUUUAAUUGUGAACGUUAUUGUUAUGUAAUUUUUAAAGUUUAAAGGACAAAAAAUGGAUGAAAUUUUAUUUAGAGGUUCACAGAGACUAGAAGCUAUACAGAUCCAAAGUAGAGUUCUUACUACUAAAGCGAAAGAAAUCUUUGAGACAUACAUAGCCCAAGGAAAAUUGUAUUUAAUUGAAGCUUGGAAUAAUCCACACAUUUCCCACAUUAAAGUCGGUGUUACAGAAGGAUCUAUUAGAUUAAUUUCAGCUACUAAUGAAUUUAAAGAGAAAAUAAUUAUGUUCAUGAACCCUAAACAAAUGUAUCUAGCAUUUUUAAAUAUCUUUGGAAAAAAAUGGACCUCUAGAGAUAUAUAUUUUGCUUGUGGAGGAUUAAUUAUUGGGGGAGUUGUAGGAUUGUCCAUUGGUAUAGUGUACCAUAAACGAGAACCAAUUCUAAGAUAUAUGCAAGCCAUCCAUUGUACUAAUUAUUUGGGUGCAGAGUCAAUCACCGUUGCAGAAGAUGCGUUUGCUCCAUACGAAUGUAUCAAUAAUAAAGUUCUAGUUAACGUCAAAGCAGCUUCAAUUCAAUUAAUUGACAUUAAAAUAUGCAAGGGAUAUGGGAGGAACUUGAGAAGGAUUUUACAAAGGAUGUAUUCACAAUCAAAUUCAGACUUACCCAUCAUCCUUGGGAGAGACUGUACAGGAAUAGUUACUGACAUCGGUCCAAAAGUUACUAGAUUAGAAGUAGGAGAUGAAGUAUGGUUGACUGUACCUUUUUGGAUGCCGGGUACUUUGUGUCAGUCGGUAUUAGUUGAAGAAAAUAGAAUCGGAAGAAAACCAAAUAAUGUUGGAUUUGAAGGAGCUUGCAGUCUUCCUUAUGCUGGUAGUUUAGCCCUGUCAGCAUUAGUAGAAGCUCGUUUAGAUUCAAUGAAUGCAGGAGGAAAAAAGGUUCUUGUGGAAGGUGGUUGCACACCUGUAGGAUGUGUACUAGUCCAAUUACUCAGCCAGUGGAAAGCAUCAGUUACAGCAACUUGUUAUAAAAGGGCACUGCCAGUAGUUAAAGCUCUAGGAGCUACAGACAUAAUUGUACUUUACGAUAUCUCCACUCCCACAGACAAAUUUGUACCUGAUAAUAAUCGUAAAGAACAGAACAAGGCAUUUAUUGAACAGUUAGAAAAUAGGGACGAACGUUUUGACAUAAUAUUCAGAACUGGUGCAGAAUGCGAAUGUACAGAAGAGGAACUCGGCGCGUUUCUUAAGACUGAAGGUGCCUUUGUAUCUACUCUACCUCCUCCCAUAGAUUCAGAUUCCUACGGAAUAUUUAGAAGAUUUUUACUUUAUUUAUAUAUCAAUAUAAAAUAUAAAUUGCAGAAUAUUCUCAGUUUACCUAUAAACACUUACGAUGAAACGCAUUUGUGUAACGUUACUUUAGAUAGAUUAUCCGAAUUGGUUGAGGACGGUUACAUACAAACGGUCGUAGAUAAAAUCUAUCAACCACAAGAUAUAGAAAUAGCCGUAAAUCACAUACAGAAUCCUAAUUCUAUAGGCAGUACGAUCAUAACGUUUAGGUAACAAUUAAAAAAAAUGAUUUUAGAUGUUUGUAGAUCCUAUUUUACAAAGAAAAUGUCCCGAAAAAUUAAACCUACCCCUUUCCCGAUCUCUUCCAUGAGAAAUUUUAUUGGAAAUUUAAUUGCCGAAGAAAUUAACUAUUUCAAAAGGUAUUAAAUAUAUACAAGGUGCGAUUGAAAGAAAUGAAAUGAUUUAUUCUAUUUAAAAUAAAGUAAAUCUGUAAUAUCAAAUUAAAAUUAAUCUCAAAGACUCUCAUCUGUUCUGUCGUGAGCUUUUCAAUUUCGGGAGUGCUAUAAAAAUGUCUCCCUUGUAGUACGUGUUUUAUUUCCUGGAAGAUCUAAAAAUUGAUGUCACAGUUAUUCCUUUUGGAAAUGUUUUUGCAGUGGAAUGACUCACUUCUAUUUUUAAACCACUCGUGAACAGUUUUAAAAUUUUGAUAUUUCAUGAGAGUCUGGCAUAUUUUUUUUAUCAAUUUAUGUAUUUUUUUAUCACACCUCACAACAAAUUUGAACUCAGUCGUUCUUACUCUUCUCUUCUUCACCAAUAUUUUCACUUUUUCUACUUUUUGUAAUUAUUAAACAUAUUUAUUUAAUAGACAAUGUUAAAACGAAUACUGGGUGUUUCAUUAAUAGUGUGAAAUAUUACAAUUGUUGAAUAAUUGUGAAUACAAAAUAUUAACAUAAAUAAUUAAAAUGUGGCUCCUUACUGAAUUUUAUUUAAAAUUUAAAAAUUUAUUUAUAUGGUGCUAUUUUGUUGUUUACUGUACACGACAAUAAAGUUUUAUGAAAUUA